GUUAUAUAGAGCUGAGGUGGAGCUAGCAAGUGGCAUCAGGAUGGGGGAGCCAGCGUUGCAGCUCCCAAUAUUGUGACUUCGCCAGCAUGGGCUUGUCCAACAUCCAAGCAUGUGGUUUGCCUUAGUUACAACUGUACUAUCAUCUACCGAGACUGGAAUAAUGUGUGGAGGAACUGGGGCUUUGUUGUUAGCUCGUAAACAGCCAGAACAACCCAUGUGCUCAGUGUGACUGUCAACUGCUGGUCACUCUGCCUUACCCGUGUCCAUUUCAAUGUCCAACAAUUGACUGGCUGUCCAUGGUGGCGACAUUGAUCGGAACAGCUUGUAAUGAUGAACAUGAACCCUGACCCCUUCUACUCCUCUCCUUUCUCUACCUUUUACAGGAGGCCCACCCCCUAUAUGGGCCAGCCAGACUACCGCAUCUAUGAACUCAACAAAAGACUGCAACAGAGGACGGAGGACAGUGACAAUCUCUGGUGGGAUGCCUUCGCCACCGAAUUCUUUGAAGAUGAUGCCACACUGACGCUCACUUUCUGUCUAGAAGAUGGACCAAAACGCUACACAAUCGGGCGGACAUUAAUCCCCCGGUAUUUCCGGAGUAUAUUUGAGGGUGGCGUCACAGACCUGUACUAUGUACUCAAACAUCCCAAAGAGUCUUUCCACAACACAACGAUAACCCUGGACUGUGACCAGGCCAUGAUGGUGACACAGCAUGGCAAACCCAUGUUCACUAAUGUGAUCACAGAGGGGCGGCUGGUCUUAGAGUUCACCUUUGAUGACCUGAUGAGGAUUCGGUCAUGGCAUUUUGCCAUCAGGCAGCAUCGAGAGCUGAUUCCACGGAGUGUCAUUGCUAUGCAGCAGGAUCCAGCCAUGGUGGAGCAGCUGUCCAAGAACAUCACGCGGCAGGGCCUCACUAACUACACUCUCAACUUCCUCAGGCUAUGUGUGAUUCUUGAGCCAAUGCAGGAGCUGAUGUCUCGCCACAAGGCGUACGGCCUCAACCCUCGGGACUGCCUCAAGACAACACUGUUCCAGAAGUGGCAGCGAAUGGUAGCGCCACCUGGUAAAGUCCCCCUGCCAGCAGAACACCCGAGCCGGCGAACCUCGCCGUCCGAUCAAAAUAUGGCCAAACAUACGGGAAGUGGGCAAUUUAUGCCCCAGUAUUGGGAAAAAGCAACCCGGCCCCAAACAAACGACGGAAGAGAAAGGCAUCUGCGGGGAACAACACGGGCAUCAACAGCCGUGAGGGAGGGCCCAACAAAAAGCGCUCACCCCCCCAGGCCUUCAACAUCGGGUCGUCAGUACCAGGGGUAAGUGGAUGUGAUGGUAGUGGGUGAGCCGACACUGAUGGGUGGUGAGUUUGGGGAUGAAGAUGAGCGGCUCAUCACCCGUCUGGAGAACACACAGUAUGAGCCCAACGCCGGGGAGGAGGAACAGGACAAGUUCCAGAACUCACCGGCACUGCAGUCGGGUUCGUGGGGGCAAGACAAGAAGACGCCACAGCCCACGGCAACCACGCCAGUGUCCGAGACAGAGAUCAAAACAGAAUGAAAAACAAGAUAGGUUUUGGAUUUACCAAGAGAAUUGUGCAAAGCUAGUGACAGGAUCUCGACAGUGAAGGGAAGCAAUUGGACAAUAUAAGAAUAACACUAAGCUAUACAGAUAUGGAUGAUAUCGGAUGAUAUCACAUCUGAUAUUAACAGAAAUGUGACUAUUCUGUAACAGAUGAAAGAAUGUUACUUUGGGGGUAUUGAUGGAAUCCUUGAUGACAAUAUUGUCAGAUUUUAUACCGGAAUAAAAAUUAAGUAAAUUAUAUUUGUAAGUGACAGUGGAUGAGAUUGAUAGCAGUAGAGAUUUGGGAGUUAUAUUGUAAAAAUGGGAUUAAAAUUGCCUCUUUGUAUGUAAUAUUGUUAUGUUGUUUCAACAUUGAAAAAUACUUCGGAAAGAUCUGCCUUUUGUUUCAUUGAUAAUUGACCUGGUGUGGUAAAUUUUCUAAAAGUGAGAUGUUUUCUCAUGCUGUUACAGGUUCAAUAAUAUUGCUAGAAUGACCUUUCAUCUGAUCCACAUUCAGGGUUAUAUAUUGUUAUUAUGAACUUGUGGUAUAUCAUACAAUUGUCGGUGUAGUUUAGUAUUUAUAACAUUUCAUUUGAAUAUUUAUUUACCCUGAUGCAUUUCGGAGCUUCCAGUUAUAUCCACAGGAAUAAUUAAGCUGUUUCAAAUUGUGUCAAACAUGAAUCUCUACCUUCAAGGAUACUGAAACUUGUGACAGAACUUCCAUAGGACCGGGAUUUAACAUCUACAAGUAUAUCUGUAUGGGACCAGCUGACAAAGCAGGUCAUUUGGUAGCUGUCAAUGAGUAUUUAUUUUGUUUUGAAGCAUCAGAACUAAGGGCAAACUACUAGGAACCUUGUUUGAACCAGAUACGAAAGUGCUGGUACAAAUUUUUUGUUGAAGUCUUUUCAAAGGGAAGUAACUCUGGUGUUUAUCCAGUUGUCCCACCAUUAAUCUUUUUGAAGGAAUAAAUAACUUUAUGUUAAGUCACUUAUCAUAUUCAUUUAUAUUCACUUUGAAUUUGAUAUUUUGUCUAUUAUGUUGAAUUCCUUCCUCUUUUUUAUCCAAACAAAAAAAAACUGUUCAAGGCAGCUUUGGAGAAAGAGAAGUAUUUCAACCUGUUUUGAUGUUGUCAACAUAAAACUGUCCUGUUUCAAGGACACUGAACAAACCAGAGAUUGACAGGAACAAAUAUAUCUUUCAUCGAGCAAAUGUGUUGUCAUUAUCAUACUUCCGUACAGUUUCGUCUGCAUGAUGUUAUACUGCAUGUAUCAACCGUGACCCUUUCAUGACACAUUAUAUAUAACAUAUCAUCUAGCGAACUAACAUGGACUAGGACGUUACGGCAUGAAAGGCUCAAGAAAGCUGAGGAUUAGCGACCUUUCAUGUUCUGUCAUGAUGAAGGUCACAAUGGAAGGUUUUUAAAAAAAAUUAACUGUCAACCAUUUUUGGAGGCACAAUGUCAGCUUUUUUUGUCCUUGUUUUGAAAUUCGAAGGAUGUUUUCUAAGGAUGAUGAAUCCUGGACACAUCUGGGUAAUGUUGCAGAACAGCAUGGCUCAUGCAUGACUGCCUUGUGCUCUUUCUUUCUCUGAACAUCACUCCACCCUAAACUGCCAACUUGUUUCGUUACCCCUUUACUGGAUCUGACUCGGAAUCUCCUGGAAUUAUAGCAGACUUUUAUAUUCUUUCUGAGCUGUAUAUUUAUUCCAUUAUUACUUUCAGAUUUGUAAAUACAAAUAGAUCCUCGUAACUGUCCUCUCUGAACUCAACUGUGUGUAACCUCAUGCUUCCACUAAGGUUGUUGCUAUGUAUUCCUGAAAGUCAGCAGCCACUAUUGGCACCAUUUUGUGUAGUACCUGAUAUUAUUUAGUGCCUGCCCUGAGUUUGUCAUUAAAUCAUUAUAUAUACUCAUGGGCUUGGGGACAAAGCAUUGUACAUUCUACAUUUGAUGUGUAAUCAUUGUGGUCAGUUGUAAAUGUCCUAGUAUUCUUAGUCAACAAAAUUGUUGUGGGUAAUUUUCAUCAAAACAUUGAAUAAAACUAUAUGUUUUCAAUGAAA